GAUUCUGAAAGUAGGCAGUAUCUCUGCAGCAAACCCCUCAGCGCCAAGGAGAAACGAACCGAGGUCGCGGGGCAGGGCUGCAGGCCAGAGCGGGCGCGGCGGCGGUGCCCCCGCGCAGCGGUCACACGGGAGGGCCCCCAUCGGCGCACCUGCGGUGGCCGCAGAGCCGGGUCGGCACGGCGCGGAGCGGCAGGGGCCAUGGGACCCACGGCGGGCCAGCAGCUCCGAGCUCUCUUCUACGUGCUGUCGCCCGGCGAGAGCUCCUUCCGCACGGUGGAGGAGGUGCCCGACUACGUAGAGAAGAGCAUUCCAUUCUUCAUUGCUUUUAUUGUGUUAGAAUUUGCUGUCAGUUGGGUUCAGCAGCACAAACUGCCAGGUCGGAUCAACGAUGGCAUAAGUUCUCUUUCAUUGGGUAUCCUGUCUCGACUUCCAGAUGUUUUAUUCAGAAGUGUUGACCUAGUUAGUUACAUCUAUGUAUGGAAUAACUACAAACUCUUCGAACUGCCCUGGGACUCACCGUGGACAUGGUAUUUGACAUUUCUGGGUGUGGACUUUGCAUACUACUGGUUUCACCGCAUCAGUCAUGAGGUUAAUAUACUGUGGGCAGCGCACCAGGUACAUCAUAGUUCUGAAGAUUACAACUUGUUCACAGCCCUGAGACAAUCCUUUCUGCAGAGAUACACCUCCUGGAUGUUCAACUUACCCAUGGCUCUUUUCAUUCCACCAUCAGUGUUUGCUGUUCAUCUGCAAUUUAAUCUACUUUACCAGUUUUGGAUACAUACAGAGGUUGUCACUAACAUUGGUCCAUUGGAGUGGAUUCUUAAUACUCCUAGUCAUCACAGAGUUCAUCAUGGUAGAAAUCCUUACUGCAUUGACAAAAAUUAUGGUGGCACACUCAUUAUCUGGGACAGGAUAUUUGGAACAUUUGAGGCAGAAGAUGCUAAAGUUGUGUAUGGCUUAACACAUCCAGUAAAUUCAUUUGAACCCAUCCUGCUCCAGUUACGUCCCUUGGCUCAUAUUUGGAAUACAUUUUGGGCCACACCUGGAUUCUGGAAUAAGCUUUCUGUCAUAUUCAAAGGGCCAGGCUGGGGACCAGGCAAACCUAGACUUGGCCUUCCUGAGGAAAUCCCAGCGGUCACUGGAAAUGAAGUUCCCUUCAAUCCAAGUGUACCAGUUUAUCUUAACUGCUAUGCAGUGGUACAUUUUGCUGUAGUAAUGGAGUUGUAUAUUGAUCUUCUUGCUACUGUGACUACGUUAUCACAGGAAAACAUUCUACUGAGAAUUGGCAUUAUCAUUCUAUCCCUGACCUCCUUUGGAUUUCUUAUGGAGAAUAGACCCAAAGCAGGAAUUUUGGAAAUCAUCCGCUGCUCAGUCUUCUUAGGAGUAUACAAACUUGGCUACUUAAGAAAUCAACUUUCUUUGUUGGACUAUGCAUAUGAAGUCUUGUUUUCCCUCUGCAUUGCAUUCUGGGGAAUUCAAACUCUGAGGUGGAUUACUUCAUCUAAAGAUAAACAUCUCUGAAAGAGCAGAUCUGACACCACUUGAAUUAUGGAAACAAUGCUUCGGAAUAACCUAAGUUCCUUGGAAUUAAUCAGCUAUGACUCUUACUGAAUCAUAGUCAUUUUACAUAUGAUAGAAGGGGUUUGAUUUCAUAUGAAGAUUUGAAAGAUUAAUUGGGAAGUGAAUUUAUUUGAUUUUUAAAAUAUUUAAUUUACCUCUCUAUUUAAAUAAAAUGUUCAUUCAUAACAUUUUUUUUUGCAAAGUAUCACCGUGUCAUAGAAGCCAUUAAAACUAGUGUAAUUUUUCAGUAUGUUUAUUAGUAGUUAACCAUAUGUGAAAAGUAUUUUCAGAAUAGGAAUAUUUAAAAACAUAUUUGUAGCAAUCUGGUAUAAAGCAACCGGCUGAUAUAUGAAUAUCAGUUUUUCCAUAAUGAUCAUGCACAGUUUGGUGUUCCUAGCAUACAGCUACAUGAAGAUGUAUAGUUGAGGCAAGACAAUUAUUAAAAACAGCAUGAUAAAAUAUCUCAAAAUAGUAUGAGUUGAAAUAUCUUCAGAAAAGUUGACGGAUAUAUGCAUUUUAAAACACAGGCUUUCAGUUUAGACUGAGUUAUUUAAGGAGUACACCUGCAGUUGCCAACCUUAGAUACUGAUCAAGCCAGCACUUGCACACAAGUAUCCCAUUCACUAAUGUUACUCACAUGACAAAAUAUUUGCAAGGCUGGGCCCUUAAUUCCUUGUAAUUUCCUGUGGAGGUGAUCUCAGGGGAGAUGCACAUCUUUCAGGAGCUGCUGGAAAGAUGGUUUCUACUAAGAUAGGAAAAUUAAAUACAAAUGGUAAAGGGAGUCUCCAAACAGCAGGACUGGCAAAAAUACUGGAGCUAGGUUGUUUUUCUUUCCUCACACUCUUCCAACUUCUACUUGGCUCCAGAACUUUUAGUAGUGUUUAAAGUCAAGUAGCUAAAAAAUGCAAACUGUCUUGCAUGCUUCAAGCUAGCAAUAAUACUUGGAUUAAAAAUGGGAUUGUUUUGUUUUUCUUUCAUUCCAUUUUUUUUUAAGAUAGUAAGGGCAUGCUAACUAACUUCACAUAUGAAGCCAGCCUAUUUUUAAUUAACGCUCAGUCUUUAGCCAUAAAAGAUGCCAUAGACUAUGUAAUUAGAUGUUUCCAAUAAGUCAUCAUUCAGACACUGAAGUUAUAUAAAUGAAAUCGCAACAGUGUUUUAAAUUACUCUGUAUUUAGAUCAAGUGACUUUUGCCCAUCACUUUGUCUUAAAUAUUCAACUGAGAAAUUAGGUGCUUGUUCAAUUAGAUGUACGAAGAUCUGGGCUGCAAAGUAAGGAUGAUACCUUCUUAACUUGAAGGCAUGUUUAAAUGAAAGAUUUACUUGUGGAUCUUCUUCACUGUAAAUAAUGAGAAGAUUAAAAAAAAUUGCCCUAUGAAAGCAAUAAAGGUAAUCAUAUUUAAAGUACUUAUUUAAAAGUUUAAUUUAAACAUUUACUCAUAACCUGGUGUAAGUAAAUGUCUAUUUAAGAAAUGAGUGGAUAAAAUUGUAUACCCCUGAGUACAAUCUCAUGAUUAACAUACUUGUGCAGCAGCCAGGAGUUUUACCAUUUCUGACCAAAACUUACCAUCUCUUUGCCUGAAUUUGCCCAUCUGUGAAAUCACAGUGAUGGCAAUAAUGAUUGUGUCUCUUGCCAUAAUUAAGGUACAAAAUUUGGAUUGUUUCAAUACAAAACUAUUAUUUGAUAUUUAAGAAAAUGUCAGAAUCUGAUUCCAGAAGUACAUCAUGAUCUACUAACAUUUUAAUUUACUUCCUAAGUUAGUACACCUAUACUUUGAAAAUUUGUAACAGUGACAUCAACAUUACCCCCCCAAAAUUGAGGUCAAUUUAGUGACAGUACUAUAAUAUACAGGAUAAUGGGUUAAUAUCUUCUAGUUUUCUCUUGGGCAGCUGAGUUAAACUCUGUUUAUCUGUAUUUUUUCUGCAAUGAAGUUUCAACUUUCUGUGUUACCAGUUGUUCUUAAGACACUGAAAAUCUGCAUUUUAAAAUCCACAGUCUUUGAAGGAAAAUAGUGAAGAUCUAAAUUAAAUUUUAAAGAUGUCAUGAUGAAUUCCGUUAACUUACAUGACGUAAUCAAAGGAAUGUGACUUCAAAAGUAAAUUCAGAUUGAGAUAUACAUAUCUCAUGCCUAUCAGUUUUCAGAGAUGUUUGGACAAAGUCCUCACUAAUAUGCUUUAAUCCAGCCCUGAAGAGGUCACGCAGUUGGACUAGAUGAUCUUUGAAGGCCCACGCCUAGACCUAGAACAGAACUAUACUAUUCUAUAUAAAUCACCAUUUUCUUAUUCUAUCACUUGCUUACAAAAAAGUGACAAAAUACAGAUACAAAAGACAAAUUCAGAAGGCACAGUAGUUUAAGUAAUAUGUUAUUCAAGAGAGAACUGUUGUACCUGUAUGGGAUCCAUUCUAAUAAAUUAAUUAUGCAAAAUACAGACAUGAGAUAUAAUCUAACUGUAUAAUGUACAUAAUGUCUCUUAGAGAGACUGAACUCUACAGAAGCCUUACUUUUUUUUUUAAGUCUCUCACUUCGCAGCUUGUUGGGAAUUUGGAAAUGAAACAUUCCUCUGUUUGCCACCCCAAUUUGGCCAAAUUUUCUGAGGGUACCUACCACUGGGAAUAUCUUACAUGUCUAACAGGGCUAAGUCCCUUUUAAAAAUUUGUAACUUAGUCAUUAAAACAGAGGCCAAAUUCAUUUCCUCUUUCCAAGAAGUUUUAAAAUUAUUUCCUACUUCCAAGGACUGUUGCCAUUGUGUAUAUUUUAUCUGAAAGUAUGAUAUAGGAGAGGAGCAACUUGAGAGAAUGAUUCCUAUGGCUGGAGACUCAAAGAAGCUUGGUGUAUUGGAUAUCCCAGUGCCCUGUAUUUUAUAGCAAAGUCCACUAUGUAUGUAUAAGCGAUUCUUUGGUUACAGAAUGGAAGUUAGAGUUUGCCUUUCCCGGAAAAGAGUUUCAUGGAUAGGCUUGUAGAAACACUCUUGACUGCAUCAUUCUCCUGUUAGCUAUGUGAUAGGUAGCUAUAUCUCUAUUAAGCUGCUUCUCAUAAUUUUAUAAUAGAAACUACUUUAAUUUUUAGGUACCUUAAACCUUCUAUCUAGUUCUAGAACUUAGAUUUAGUUCUACUGUCUCUAUUUUUGAAUCAAGAGGCUCUCGAGGCCAGCUGGCUAGUGAAUUGAAUUAUGCAUCAUUAAUAUAUUAUAUAACAUUAAUUGAAUGAAUUAAAUUCUGACUACAAACAUUACUUGUCAUUAGGAUAUAUCUUCUUUCCUCAUAUUUUUAGUAUUUCAUGGCUUAUUUAUUUAUUUGUCUACAUGUUUAGUUCCAACAAUUGUAGGAGAAUUACAUGAGAGAUUAGUGAACAAAAAAUAUAUACAUAUUUUUGUUUAACAGACGUUGUGCAAAUAACUGUUUUUCUUUUAGAGAUCCACUGUUCUAUAUCGCUGGAAACAAUAAUGUUCUGCAAGCUAAAGCCCUAGUAUCACAUGUCCAAGUCAAAAACAUUAUAAUCACAUUUGUAGUAUAUGCAGUAUUGCUUAAGACUUCAAUUUGGUUUUGUUUAUCUUUAAAAUUCCCAGUGUCACACACCUUUGGGAGAAAACUAACAAUCAACAGAAUCUUCUUUUUCUUUCAGCAAGUGUUAAACAGUGACUUCCCUUACUCUUUCCAGCUGUUGUGUUACAUCCUUACACAAGCUCUUGCCCAAAGUUUGUACACAUCAGUGUCAUGUUAACUGAAAAUCCAGAGGUAAGCAGCUGAAUCUUUUGUUCCCUGACUGUGACACUGAAGUCACUGAAAAUUCUGUUGCUGUUCUUCGUAUUGGAACAUUCCCUAUGUAGAAACAAGAAUGUUGCAAUAUUCACUGCAACUCAAGCUUUGGUACAGAGCAUUAAUUAAAAGCAGCGUAGUUGUGCAGCUACUUGUCUCUGUAAGCUGCUGCAUGGUUUUCUUUGUGCUAUGUUAAAAUAAGAGUCGUUAGGGAGAUAAACAGUGACGUGAAGUUACAGCUGUGUGUUCUACAUUGCAGUUAGUAAGCUGCUUCACUCAACUCUGUGAGAUUAUGGGCAUUGUUACCUAAAAUUUUCUGAAAGAAAGGAAUUGAUCACAUGAUAUAUUUUGAAGUUUCUCUUUAAAGGCAAACAAAGACAUAUUUCUCUGAGAUUUCAGGAUUUCAUAUUACGUAAUUAGACAAUACAAAGCUGAGUGGCACUGAAGUGUAAGAGUUGUUCAGAAUUUUCAUCUUAGAUCUUUAGGUUUUGGUACAUAGAGCUGUGACUCAGACAUGGAGUUCAUUAGGGAGAGCAGAAAAUAAUUAAAGCAUUGCUGUAUCUUGCAAUAUUAUGUAAACUAUGUUGCCCAUAGAUUAUGUUUUCCUUAAACUCUGCCUUCUGGAAUCCUAUAAAUGCUGAUUUUAUUUU